AGGUGGGUAUUCGGCUCUUUCGAAGACUUCAGGAGAUUCUCGGAGCAGCGGGUAACCUGCUGAGGCCGUUUGGUGGUGUCGGCAACACUCGCACACGGUGGCAGUGAAGCAGUGCACGCCGAGUUUUUGUUCGCUUGUUUAAUCUGCCGGUGUUCGAGCUCGACUGUUGUGAGAUAAUCGCGGCUCCUGUGAGUUAACAUUUUGGUUGAAUGAGACUGAACCUUUCCAAGGAAACAGUGAUUACUGAAGGCUCGGUGGUGGGGACUUUCAGAUGUUGAGGUGAAUAGAGUCAUUGCUGUCAAUCUGUCAUCUUGAUCCCAAGAACCUUCCCUGUUCAACACGACUGCCUGUAUACCAUCAGCAGCUGCUGAAACUCAGGCCUCGGAUGCUGAAGGGUGAAGGCUAUCGGGAAGGUGAAAAGGAUUUAGUGAAAAGAUGAAAACGUGGUAAAAAGCAACCAGAGUAGAAUUAAACACACCAAGUUCCACGAGUUUAUGAUAGACGACUAGAAGUAUUUCAAGGAACUAUAGUCUGGCAGAGAAAGGUGAAAUGAAGUGUGAUAACUGGAUUUUGAAAGGAAAAACAUAUAUUUAAAUUGAGAAAUCCACUUAAAAAUGAGAGUAGUUAACAGCUAGAAGCACAUGUCUAGGUCUCAGAUAAAUUUGAUGGAUUUAUGAUUUUUUUUUUUUGUGUUAGAAAUAGUUUUCCUGAAGAUACCAGGUUAGAGCUUGGGGAUAUUUUGUCUGUAUGUGUGUUCUUCAGUCAAGUGAAUGUGAUACUAUGACUUGUUUAAAGUUCUGGAAGGAAUGGAGUACAAUGGCAUGCGGAAUGAUUAGUGAGGAGGUUGAUAUGAGAUAUUGUAAGAGGUAAGGAAUCUAAAGAUAAUUAGGUACAUUGAAUGGUGAGCUGCUAGAUUAAAUUAUUCAUGGUGCUUCUCUAUGUUUGGCCUUGGGACUGUAACUCAGCAGGAGAAUUGUACUGAAAUUUCCUGAAGGUGGGAAGCAGAGGAAUUGUACUGAAGUUUCAUGAAGGUGAGAAGCAAAGGCACUGCCAAUGCAGUCGCAGACUGACAUGUCUCCUGAGAAGAACUGGAGGCCUGAGGACUGUAAUAGCAGAAACAAUUAAUUAAAUUGUACAGAACGCAAGGUCACAUGGAACUGAGAACUAAGAGGAAAUUUUGAACUUGUUCCUGCUCUGUUCAGCAACAGAGGAAAGAGUUGGGCAUAUUGGUGCUGUAAGAUUAUAAAGUCAGUAUUGUAUAUGUCUAUGGGAAAAGCUAAGCACAGCCAUAAGAUUCCAUUAGAAAAUUGGGUGUGGGUUUUGGGGUUUUUUUUCAUAGAUAUACAGAACUAUUACUCUUGCAUUUGUCAAAGUGAGACUCUACUGGAAUAAUGAUUGACUGUCAACAAGAGGGUCAAUUCAAACUGAAGGAAGGGCAGAAAGGUAGGAAGGCAAAGCAAACAAGAUGAGCAAUUUUAUUAGGAGAUAAAUAAUAUUUUUUUUAUACCUCAGUAUGCUGCCAUGUAGAAAUAGCUAGGUUACCUGGGAUUAAGGAUUUAAAGACAUCAUGGCAAGGUUACAUGCCUUGCUUAUUUUAUCCUGUGUUGGUAGGGUGUUAUAGUCUAUAUACCUGAACUAGCUUGUGUAGGUACCUACAUGGCAAGGAACUGGAUUUCUAGAAUUUCCAAUGAAAGGCUAAGAUGAGAAAUACAUAUGAGUUGCAACAAGAAGGAAAGUGAUUUAUGAUUGAGAACACUAUUAACAAACAAAUUAAUAGAGAAACUGCCCUGAGUGUGUGGAGGGAGAACAGUCUAGAAAAGAUUACUAAGGCUUUGUCUCUUUCUGUUUGUCUGCAUUAAUAGUGAGUAAUUACUGCUAAGGACCUGGUGUCCAAACAGUAAGCAUUUAAAGGUUUCUUUUUCUUUGGAAUAGCUCUAAAGGAAUUCAGUUUGUGUAGUCAAGACUGUUCCACUGCACAAACCAAGCACAGAAGUUUUGCUUUAAAGAGACACCCCUGCUCUGAAUUAAAGUGGUGAUGUAUGUGCACCUUAUGAGAACAGAGAAAGCCGAAAGAUUUCAAGCUGCUUGCCAAGAUGACCCCUUUUAUUCUGUGGAAUUGUUCACCUAUGCUAUUCUGCCUGCUUCCAGAAUUUCGAAGUUCUGCCUUCAUCUUCAGACUCUUAUCAAUGGCUUUUUCAAAAUACCUACACAUCAGAAAAAAACAGUUUAUCUCUGUCAGCUUUUGAUAAGAAUUGCAAAAGGAAAAACCCUCGAAUUACAGUUUGAAAAUGGUCAAAAAAUUUCACCUUUGGAAUCUGCUCUGGCUUUCUGGACUUUACUUGAAAAGGAAGAAAUUAAACUGGAAAAGCUUCAUGAAGAUAUUCGUCGCUUGAUUCAAAUUCAGAUUGUAGCAGUUCAUAUGGAAAAUGGAUAUUUUAAGGAAGCUACCGAACUUCUUGAAAGGCUGUUUACAGACUCUGAAUCAGAUAAGCCUUUAAGGAUGAAGCUGGCAACCAUAAUUAAAAACAAGGAUCCAUAUGUUCCUCUUCUCCAAAGCUUCAGUUACAGUCUUUUAAUAAGUAAAAUCAAGUUCUACAUUGAACAUUUCAUGAAAGAAAAGGAAACUGACUUCUUAAUACAGGAAGCCACAAAAUAUGCAGAGUCUAAAGGAUUGGAAGCAACAACAUUGCAAAACAAAUCUAUGAAUGUCAGUGAAAAUGACGAAAGUAUUUUGGUCACAAAACAAAGAUUGGUGAAAGAGCAACAGUAUAUCACAAAUCAGUCACCUGGAGACAUAAAAAAAUCCACAGAAAGGCCUUAUUCAGAGCAGAAACACACAGGGAGCAGAGUUCUUCAGAGUCUGAACAACUUACAGAAUGUGGAAAACCAUGAAGUUUCAGCUUGUGGCCGAAGAAGACAGCGAUGGACUUACAAAGAAGACUUGGAACUGAAAUCAGGAGUAAAGAUGUUCGGAGUGGGUAACUGGGCUAAAAUUUUGGCCCAUGGUAACUUCGACAACCGAACAAGUGUCAUGUUAAAAGACCGAUGGAGAACAUUGUGCAGGAUUGACCUAGCCUAGCUUUCCAGAAUAACAACUUAUUUUAGUCUCAAA